UGAAAGCAGCUAAGGACGGAGGCGGGGCUCUGGAGAGUUCCCUUUCUUCCUUCCCCCACCCUCCUUUUCUCUGUUGGGCCCCAGUUCAUUCCUAGCCUUCCUGCAGCUGCUCCGCAGCAGUUUCCAGGAUCCAAACAACUGCAAGCCACUGUUCACAGGAUGGUGAUCCGUGUAUAUAUUGCAUCUUCUUCUGGGUCUACGGCGAUUAAGAAGAAACAGCAAGAUGUUCUUGGUUUCUUAGAAGCCAACAAAAUAGGUUUUGAAGAAAAAGAUAUCGCAGCCAAUGAAGAGAAUCGGAAAUGGAUGAGAGAAAAUGUACCCGAAAACAGUCGACCAGCCACAGGGUACCCUUUGCCACCUCAGAUUUUCAAUGAAAGCCAGUACCGAGGGGACUAUGAUGCCUUCUUUGAAGCCCGAGAAAAUAAUGCAGUGUAUGCCUUUUUAGGCUUGAAGGCACCACCUGGUUCAAAGGAAGCAGAAGCCCAAGCAAAUCAGCAAGCCUGAACCUAAAGCAUUGUGCCUUAAGAAUUCUGCCUUAAGCAUCUUGAAAAAUGAGUCCCUGUUGCUUUUAUGAAAUAAGUUUUUCAAAUAGCAAUAUUAUCUUGGUUUCAAAAGAAAUUGGCUUAAAGUUGAUUAGGUGAUAUUUUCUGUAAAAUGAAAAUGAAUACAUAAUUAAAAUAUGAACAUUAUGUUGAGGCUAAUGGGAGGUUAUGAUAAAAUUUUAAAUAAAUAUCAUGGAAUAGUAUUAUCUCCCAAGAAAUUUUUUGUACCUUAAUGAUUUUUACAAAGAAGAUGUCCUUCCUUUUUGAUACUAUAGCAACCUAAAUGUUUCUGCAGCUCACCAGUACAAAAUUGAGAGAGAGUGUGAGUGAAUCUGUCUCUUGUUCCAAAAUUGCCUCAUUAGUUUUAGUGAACAAGAACAUGUAUGUUUUUUAUAUGAAAUUGUGAUCAAACAGUACUUGCAGAUAAUGAGUCUGAUAUGUGAAACAUUGUAAUUUUAUAUGGUAACUAUAACAUUCCCAUUCUUUUGUAGAAGAAACUUCUGUGUACUGAUUCACAAGCUUUCCAGAAUUCUAAAUGUAGUUUUUCAUUGCACAUGAAGUGAUCAGAUUACAUGACCCACCCCAUAAAAAGCAGUAGGUGCAUUGUUAACAAGUUCUUUAUGUAACUGCAUUCUUAGGAUGAAAUUAUGUUUCUGAGUUGCUUACUUCAGUGAAAUAUGCCUGUUUUGUCAUGGAACUGGGAUAGCAAGUAAAGUUAAAAGGGCAUGCUUUUGAAUAGAGCUCAGAUUUUAAUUAAUUAUUAAAAAGUAUGUUGACACUUAUUGCCCAAGAUAUGUUUUCCACAGGUUUUUACUAAAAGAAAACUUAGUGGCUUUCCCAUUUUUAAGACAGAUUGUGACUGUGCAUGCCACUGUCUCUUGAUAGUGGGCCUUUCUGUUUCACUUUAGUCAUACCUUGUUUGAAUAUAUUAAUGCAAGCAGAGAGGAUAUUUUCUAUGCCUCUAUUCCAUAAAAAAA